GCUCCCGGCGCGGCCAUGGCGGCACCGCCUCACCCGGCAACGGGACGCGCUGCCCGGGCCGCACCAUCCGCCCCGCCGCCGAGGGGGGGAGAGCGCACCGAGCAGGGGCCGAACCCGCUCUCGGCCCGGCUCCUCCCCGUGCCGCCCCCCCCGCGCGCGGGUGGUAGCGGCGGCAGGGGCGGGCGCGGCGCGGGCGCCAUGGCGGCGGAGGCGGCGGCGGGGCCGCUGGCGCUGGUGACCAGCUGCGCCGCGGGCUUCGCGCCCGAGGAGCUCGUCAAACGUAUCACAGGGAAAGAUGACCUGACUGUGGGUGCAAUUACGAGUGGCAGAGUGACUUUUUACCCCUGGACAAUCGAUAACAAGUAUUAUUCUGCAGACAUCCAUCUCUGUGUGGUCCCAAACACCUUCCACGUCACCGGAGAAAUCGCCGAGUCCGUGCAGGCCUUCGUGGUGUACUUUGACAGCACAACAAAAACUGGGCUGGAAAGUGUCUCUGAGUGGCUGCCCCUGACAGAAGAGUGGCUGCCAGAGGUGCUGAUCCUGGUGUGCGACAGAGUGUCUGAGAACGGUGUAAACAGACAGAAAGCUCAAGAAUGGUGCAUCAAACAUGGCUUUGAGCUGGUAGAACUUAACCCUGAGGAGCUGCCUGACGAAGAUGAUGAUUUCCCCGAGUCCACGGGGGUGAAGCGGAUCGUGCAAGCCCUCAAUGCCAACGUGUGGUCCAACGUGGUCAUGAAGAGCGACAGGACCCAGGGCUUUGGGCUCCUCAGCACGUUGGCGGGUGCCAAUCGAAGUGUCGGCUCCGAAGAGACCCAAGAGACAGAAUCCAACCCUUCCCCAGCAGACAGAGAAGAUUCCCAGGCUGACAGCAGGGAAGAUGGAGCUGGGACAAACAACCUGCAGCUGGACAACGCUGCAGGUGAGAUCUUACUCUGCUUGGAGCAGACACACCUGGCUGGGAUGGUCCCACAAAGCCACUGGGAAAAGUGAGGAUAAAUGUACUUG